AGAGAGAGGUCUGUUGCAGGCAGGAGAAGGCGUGACCUGAAUGGAGAAUGCCAGCCAACUCCCCAGACACACACAGGGCUCUCAGAACAAAGAUAAGACAGAGAGUGAAGCCCAGGAGAGCCAGCCCCAGAACUGACACUACGGAAGAGAUCCUGCAGAAAUAAGGCAGGGGGGUGAAAUCCAAAGACCCCAAGAGCAGCCAAGGCAGAAAUAUGAGGGCCUUCCUGCUCUGCUGCUCCCUGUAUGUGUAUCUGCUGAGAGUGUCCACCAACAUUGUGGAACUGAACGACAUGUUUGGGGAGAUCCAGUCGCCCAACUUCCCUGAUUCCUACCCCAGCGACUCUGAAGUAACCUGGAACAUCACGGUACCAGAGGGAUUCAGGAUCAAGCUGUACUUCAUGCAUUUUGACCUGGAAUCCUCCUACCUCUGCGAAUAUGACUAUGUGAAGGUAGAAGCCGAGGACCAGGUGCUGGCUCUCUUCUGUGGGAGGGAGACCACGGACACGGAACAAGCCCCCGGCCAGCAGGUGGUCCUCUCCCCAGGCCCCUUCAUGGCCCUCACUUUCCGAUCGGAUUUCUCCAAUGAGGAACGCUUCACUGGCUUUGACGCCCAUUAUAUGGCUGUGGACGUGGACGAGUGUACGGAGAAGAGUGACGAGGAUCUGGCUUGCGAUCACUACUGUCAUAACUACAUCGGAGGCUAUUACUGCUCCUGCCGCAUCGGUUACAUCCUGCACACGGACAACAGGACCUGCAGAGUGGAAUGCAGUGACAACCUCUUCACCCAGAGGACAGGUGUGAUCACCAGCUCUGACUUCCCUGGCCCGUACCCCAAGAGCUCCGACUGUCUCUACAGAAUUGAGCUGGAGGACGGUUUUGUCAUCACUCUCCAGUUUGAGGACAGCUUCGAUGUUGAAGACCACCCCGAGGUGUCCUGCCCCUAUGACUACAUCAAGAUUAAGGCUGGGCAGAAAGAGUUUGGCCCUUACUGUGGAGAGAAAUCCCCAGGACGCAUCGACACCCAGAGCAACAGCAUCCAGAUUCUGUUCCACAGUGACAACUCGGGGGAGAAUGGAGGCUGGAGACUUUCCUACACAUCGGCAGGGAACCCAUGUCCCAUCUUGCAGCCCCCUGUCAAUGGGAAACUCGAUCCCUUGCAGGCUAAAUACACCUUCAAAGACCAAGUGCUCAUCAGCUGUGACACCGGCUACAAAGUAACCAAGGACAACCUAGAGAUGGACACAUUCCAGAUUGAAUGUCUGAAAGAUGGAACGUGGAGUAACAAGAUCCCUGCCUGUAAAAUCAUAGACUGCGGCGCCCCAGCGGAGCUAGAGCACGGGCGCGUCACCUUUGCCACUCAGAGCAACCUCACCACGUACAGGUCCGAGGUGCGCUACUCCUGCCAGCAGCCUUACUACAAGUUGUUUCCAGCCAUCACAGGCACAUACACCUGUGAGGCCCAAGGCAUCUGGAUGAAUGGAGAGCUGGGGAGAAAACUACCCACUUGUCUGCCAGUGUGUGGGAUCCCCAAGUUCUCCAGGCAGAUUCUGGCCAGGAUGGUCAGUGGGCGCCUUUCACAGAGGGGGAUCUCCCCAUGGAUCGCCAUGCUGUUCACGGACGGGAGGCCAUUCUGCGGGGGUGCCCUCCUAGGAAACAAAUGGAUUGUGACGGCCGCUCACUGCCUCCACCAGCGCCUAGAAUCCAAGAACUCGGCUUUAACCGGAUCUGACAUUCUCCCUCUCUCUGAAUUCAGAGUUAUCCUGGGCAAGUACAUGACACAGCAGAAGGAUGACACAGAGCAGCAACUCCAGGCAAAGAGCAUAACUUUCCACCCAUCCUACAAGGCUGCCACGUUCGAGAAUGACCUAGCUCUAAUUGAGCUGCUGCAAGAGCCAGUGCUGAAUGACUAUGUGAUGCCCAUCUGCCUCCCAGAGGGGCCCCCGCGGGAAGGUACCAUGGUUAUUGUGAGUGGCUGGGGAAAGCAGCUCCUGAAUAGACUCCCGGAGUCCCUGAUGGAGAUUGAAGUGCCCAUAGCUAACCAGGAAGCUUGCCAUGAAGCCUAUGCCCAAAUUAAUCGGAAAAUCACCCGUGACAUGGUUUGUGCUGGAGAAAGAGAGGGAGGGAAAGAUGCUUGUAGUGGGGAUUCUGGAGGUCCUAUGGUGACCCUCGACAAGGAGCAAGCCCGCUGGCACUUGGUGGGCACUGUGUCCUGGGGGGAUGGCUGUGGCAAGAGUGAAAGAUACGGUGUGUACUCCAACAUCCAUGAGAACCGAGCCUGGAUCCAGAAGGUCACUGGGGUUCAGAACUAGAUGCCCGCCUGUGGCCAGGAGUGGAGGGAGGGACACCAAAGCCUGGUGGUCCGACCUCAGCUUGCCCCACCACCCUGUCCAUUCCCUCUCUGGAAGAAGCCCCUCUGUUCCCUGACGACCGUGACCAACAGCAAAGCUUUCCUGUCUUUGGCACGUGCAUAGUGAGCUGAUGACGACUUUGUCGGUGCACCCCUUUGUGUCUCUUUCCCCCCUGGGGCCCCACUUGUAUGCAGUGAGACCCAGCCGCAGCCAACAUCAAGGCUUUAGAAAAGGAAAAACGUCAACAAGAGUGGAUGUCCCAGAAUUAAGAGUAUCCUCCCCUCAUCCUGGGGAAGCCACAUUUCAGGAAUCUUUAUCUAAAGUCCUCUGGAUGCCAAAUAGCCCCCAAUAAGCCAAUUAAAUGUAAUUCAAGAAAUGUGAUUCGAUACCUCCUGGGUGCCAGGGACUGUGCUGGAUGCCAGAGACACAAAGACGAAGCUUCUGCCCUCAGGAAGCUUACCUGCUGGCUGGCCAAGGUUGUCUUGGAAGGAAUCCAUGCAGUGGAGACCACCACCCAGCUGAGCAGCAACUCAGGGGCUGUGGCUCCGAUCCUGGCCUUGGCUGAACUGGGAGCAUGCCCUCGAAACCAGCUCAUCUGCUCCAGUCCUGUAAAGGGGGAUGCUUCCACCUACCUCGGUCAAGUCACCCAACACCAAAUGCCGCCAGACGUCCACAGGAGGGUGUGCUGAGUAGCCUGUUGAUAGAACGUUUGUGAAAUGCAGUGAAAGUCAGAUAUCCCAGGUCAUUGUUCCCUCUACAGCCACCAACUUCUCCAGGAGGGAGGAGAUUUGGUCUUCUAGGGCCAGCCUAUGAUGUGAAAUGACCCUAAGGUGAGGCUGGAGUUCCCCCUAUCUUAAGGGUUGGAACCUUCCAAGGCCUGUAGAGUUCACUUCAGAGGCAGAGGAGCUGGAUUCAAAUUCUGCCACUUAGAGCUCAUACUGCCUUGCAAAAGUCACUAAACACCCUCCCAGCCUCAGUUUCCUCAUCUGUAAAAUGAAUGUGUUGGCUUAAAAUUGCCUUAAGUCAUCUCCAAUGUCCCCAAACUUUUCAAAACCUCAUUUUCAGGUGUUUUCUCUCUCCUCCAAUCAGGGAUUCCACACCUCUCUACUCUCUCCAUUUUCCAUCAUGAUGGGCUCAGCCCCCAUGAUCUCCACUGGGGGUCCUGCUUUAUUUUGUCCUGAAUGGUCCUAAAAGGUCCAUCGUGGGAACAUUGUCUUCCCCUCCCCUUCUUUCCCUAGGAGCUCCCAUUAUGUGGAUUCAGAAUAUUCUCCGAUUUCAGAACAAAUGAGAUAUAAGGAGAAAAGAGCCUCCAGGGUCAUGUAAGGGGCUGAGCAGGUUCCCUGAGGAGCUUGCUUCCUCAAUGGGGGUUCCCCACCCCGGUGGAAUCCCAAACCAUCGUGUACCACUCUGGGCUUGACUUCAUUCCUUCUUCUCUCUGGUCUGGAAGUCUCAAGAGGGGGCCAGUUCUGACAGUCCGUGGCCCUGCAAACCAGGUGUAAGAAAACUCAGAAUUUCACACCUCCACGCUACCUCAUUUCUAGCUCUGCUGGAGUUAUGGCCUCUUCUCCUGUGUGUCCCGGAGCUCCAGACUUUCCUUCUGAUCUGGGCUUGUUACCAGCUUCUUUUCAGAAGCCCUUCUGCAAGAGGCACGGUCCUCCAAAGCGAGACUGGACUUGAAACUGACUCAGGGACGCUUUGUGAACCCCCUCCCCAGUGGCUGUGAUGUGGGGACCCUCAGGGCCCCUUUGACUAUAUCCCUACCUCUUCUCUGGGGCCUGGCCUGCCCAUAGAACAACAUUUACCCUUUGAGCACAUGCCCAAAGUCAGGAUCAAACACAGUAAUGUAGGGAAAGUAACCCUGAAAGCCCCAUAAAAAUGUGAGUGGUCUGAUUUUUGGCCCAGCUCUCAGCCUGAGGCUAGAGGAUAAAUAACAAACGUUAGAAGCAAAAAUAGUCAGCAGUUCAACGGUAACAGAGGCUGGGGGCUUCCUGACUGCUCUGAAUAAAACCGUGACUGAGUCCAA